AUGAGUUCACAAAAUUCCAGCAAACCGCCGGAAUCCUCGUCAAUGAAUUCUUUGUCAAAGCAAGUACUGCAAUGGCAAAAGGAGCUGGCAGAUUAUACUGAUAGUCAAGAUGACGUCCAUGCAAAGGAUACUAUACGCAACGAUGUUGCCCAAGCGGUGCCCCAAAUACUCCAAGAUAGGGAAAUUCAAACCACACUCCAAACACUCGUCCAAGUGCUGACAUUUUCCUUGCCCCAAGCAAACGAGCCGCAUAAAACCUUCAAAGACGCCAAGUUGGUCAAUGCUUCCUUGGAGGUUCUCACCAAGGCGGCCAUGCAACCUACCGCCAAGACCUUGUUUGUCUCGACAGGAACCUUGAAACCAAUCACCAAUCUCUUGCGCAAGGCGUGUCUGUCACAGAAAUUUCUCGUCUCCAACAGUCCAGUCAAUUCUGCUGCUGCUGCUGCUGCUGCUGCUACUACUAUUACCAACACAUCAACCACAACAAUACCAUCCACAGUGGGUCCUUGUGGCGAUGAAAAGAAGGAUGACGAUGGGACGACCUCCUCCUCUCCAUCAUCAUCAUCAACUUCCGAAGAGGAAGAAGCCUUGCAAAAGACACCAUCGAUGGCCUUGCACUGUUUGGCCAACUUGUCGGACAAUGCCUCGGAUGCCAUUAAAAACGACUAUCUCUUGCCCAUUGCCAAUCCACUUGUACACAAUAUCAUGAGUUCGGCAACACAACCACAAAUUCAACGGUAUGCUUGCAAGAUGGUAUAUCACUUGUCCAAUCCACUCCUGCAAGAAUUGGUCGCGGCGGGAUUUGUCGAAGUUAUUUGGAAGGCCAAUCAAGCGCAUCCGGACGAUGCUAUCUUGCAACACUAUGCCAAUGCCUGCCUUUACAAUUUAUUGCCCGUGUGUCCUCCACUCAUUCUACAGCAAAUUGCACGACCUCAACAAAUGGUCCAAGGUUUGGUCACGGGCAUGAUGGCCCAUCCAACCAAUUUGGAAGUUCAAAAGUAUGGUUUGCUAGUCAUGACACGAGUGGCCACCAACAAUGUCAGCCAAAAUCAUCGACCUGGGGCUGCUGUUGCUGCUGCAAGUCCCAACACGAGUCCCACUGCCACUGCCACUGGCGGUUCCUCUUCCUUUUUGAAAUCGACCAAACAGCCCAACAACAAUACGAAUAAUGCACUCCAAGCCAGUCAUGCCUUGGGAUUACCCCAUGUCAUUUAUUGCAUUUUGACGGCCCUUCAUUUGCAUUGCAAAAAUGAUGAAAUUGCCCAAGUGGGUUGCAAUUUAUUGAAACACGUCUCGAGAAUUUCCAUUGAUUUUGCCAAUGCCAUGAUUCAAGAGGGUGGUCUUGCCGUGUUGUUGAGAAUUAUGCAAUGCCAUUUGGAUCACACGUCCAUCCAAGAUCCCUGCAUGGCCACUCUCCGAAAUUUGUUGUCCCUUCGUACCACCACGGCCAUUGGGAUUGUCGACACGACCUUGCCCGAAGAAGCGGCCAAGUCGAUUCGGUUGGCCCUGCAGGAAGCAAAAACGAGUUCGGGCAAUACCAAUAAUGGCAAACAACAACAACAACAACAACAACAACCAAAUGGAGAACCGACCUUGGUGGCCAUGGUUCGAGUGAUUGGUUUGGUCAUGUCGAUUCAUGUGCAGGACGCUCCCAUUCAAGCCUAUGGAUGCGAUGCUUUUGGACGAUUGGCGGCCUUGGACGAUUACGCUGUGGAUGCCCCAGGCGACUCGAACUCGGACUCGAACAACAACAACAACAACAACAACAACAACAACAAUGCUACAAAAUGGAUUCGCCAAGUCUUGUAUGAAGGAAAUGCAUUGCGACUGGCCUUGCAGGCCAUGCGGGUGCAUUCCAACCAUCUAGGAGUCCAAGAUCGGGCCAUUGUCUUGUUGUUGAGAUUGUGUAGUUACGAGCCAGCCUAUGCCUUUAUGCGGCAGGAAAAAGAAAUGGAAGAAGAGUCUGAUGAAGAGUUGGAACUGGAAGAUGAUUAUGAAUAUGGUGAUGAAUACGAGGACGACUCGAUAGGACCUGUGCUUCAAUCAUCGGCUACCGGAGACAGCAGCAAUCUGUCGUCAUCAUCACAACAAAUGCCGCAAUCUUUCGUGUACAAGAUAUUGUUGAAUACCAAAGUAUCUCCCAGGAAGGAAUCCCAAGAUCGAUUGCAACGAUUGCUGUCGAUUGUGGAUUUGCAAGGAUUGACCCCUGCCUCAUCGUCGUCGUUCCAUGACAGCAUUAGUAGUACUCGAGAGGGCGGAAGUGGUUUGUUUAGCCGGCUCAGCAUGGAAGGUGCCUCGGAACGAAUGCGAAAUCUGCGCAUCAGCUUGUCGUCGCCAACAACAGAGAAUGCCAACGCGCCUACGACUGCUGCUGCUACUGCAAAUCAACAACAACCACAAAGAGCCUCGUGGGCUUCGCCCUUGACGGGACGGGCCAGUAGAUGGUGGCAAUCUCCUCAGAACAAGUAA